UAAUAAUAAUAAUAUUAAAGAUGGUAUUUAAGUUAGCUGUAAUUGCAACUCUUCUUGUCUUAGUCUCAACAAGAGAUGUCUGCAAAGUCUACACUUGUAGUAAGGUUGAAGAUGGAAAAAAUAUCGAGUACUGUGCAACCAGAGAUCACGAUGAUUUUGAUAUCUGGAAUGUUCAGCCGUGUGCUGGAGAGAAUAGAUUUUGUAAAACUUUCGCUGGUAAAACUCCCGAUGCACUCCAGUAUCCUGCCUAUUGUGAGGAAAUCAAGCCUGAAGGUUUCUUCCCGUGGUGGAUAAUCUUUGGAAAAGGAGGAAAUGGAGUAGAUGGUGAUUACUGUGAGACAAAUAAAGAUUGCCACCAUUCGUACUAUACUAAAGGAUCUUGCAUUGAUAAUAUGUGUCAUGCAUCCACUCGUGAAGGCUCUAAGUGCAAGAAAAGUAUUGAUUGUCCAAUGGAUCAUUUUUGUAAUUCUAAAAAUAGAUGCACUAAAGCUUUAGAACCAGGCCAAAACUGUAAAAGAGAAUAUGAAUGUGGGAGAGCUCAUAGCUGUCUUAAGUUAGUUGAACAUGGUGAUGAAAAUAUUUGUAUCCCAAAUAACUACCUCGAAGACGGAGUCCUUUUUGCUUUUGCAGACACAGGAUUCUUUAAUGAAGAGAAUGACCCAUCUCAUCUGAUGAAGGAAGAAGAUACCUCAUUUUUGGAUGGUGGAAAGAUAACUCCUACCUUAAGUCUUUAUUGUGAGUCUGUCAAUCACGUUCAGUUGGGAAAGAAUUUGUUCCAAUGUAGAAAAGCUGAUAAGAAUAUGAAGACUCAUCUUUCCAGAAAGUUACCAGCGAAAAACUGUCUCAUUGCAACAUAUUCAGAUGUGAAUCCUAAAAAUUUCGAUGUGAAGACAAAUUAUACUGAAGAAUCUCUCUGUGGAUUCAAUAAAGACAGUAGGGCUUGGUGCCCUCUCAAACUUGGAGACAAAUUAGCACAGAAAUAUUACCGCAAUUGGUCAGAGAAGAUGAAAAGUCUGAAGUGCAGCAAAUUCUCUAAGAAUGAUCCAGAAUCUGGAAGCGUAUGCUACGAAUAUCAUAAGGCAAUAGAGGAAAAGGAUGAAGAUUUAUUCUCUUACAAUAAACUCCAAGCAACUGUUAUUAGUGAAGGUAGCGCUCAAGUCUGGGCAAACACUGCUAACAACAAUAGAUGCGUUGCUGAGACUUUGACAUUCGAUUUCUGGAAUGGUCACUAUGGAUCAUUCGAUGACUCUUUUCAUUAA